GAAAAUAAAAUGAACUGAAAACUCAGUGAUAUUGUAGACAAAAUUUCUGCGAUUGGACAAAAGAAUCUUUGAAAAGGAGAAUUUCUUGUAUUGAUCAAUUGGUGAAGUCAUUUCUGGAUUUGUCACUGGUCAUAGUUUUGUGAUCAUGGGGAUGUUGUGGCUUUUAUUCCUCCUCCUGGGCCAUUGUAAUGGUUUCAAGGUGGUCAGGUUGAAUUUUAAAGUAAUUCCUUCGCACUAUGAGAUCACUGUGACUCCGUAUAUUUUCAAAGGAGAUGGAGGACCAGAAUGGACUUUUGACGCUGUAGUUGAGAUCACAAUGAAGGCAAAAUUGCUUGAUGUGAGAUCAAUAACUCUCCAUGCCUACAAACUCAAUAUUACAGGGAGUACUUUGACUUGUGAUGACGAUAGAAAAAGGAAUCUUAUUGCUAGACACCCUACAUACCAGAAUGAGACACAAUUGCUGACCUAUGAACUGCUGGAUGCCCUCGAAAAGGAUGUCGAGUGCUUUCUUGAAAUUGAGUACUCAGGUUUAAUAUCGAAUGACAUGCUAGGACUCUACAGGAGCACCUAUUGGGAGGCUGGGAAAUUGAAAAGAUUGGCAGUGACCCAAUUUGAACAUUCUUCUGCUCGAAGAUUCAUGCCAUGCUUCGAUGAGCCAGAAUUCAAAGCAAACUUUACCCUCGUAGUUCGUCGAAGGGAAUACAUGAGGUCCUGGUCGAAUAUGCCUCUUGAAAGAACGGACAAAGAUCCUUAUGCUGACUUCUUCCUUGAUACCUUCCAUACAACACCGCAAAUUUCGCCGUAUCACCUUGCCUUUAUGGUUUCCGAAUAUACCAAUAGAACCGGUGAAGACAGUAUUGGUAUGAUAACCCGACCAGAAAUGCAAGGAUACACUGACUACGGGACCAAGGUAGCUGUUAAUGCAAUAAAGUAUUUUAGCGAAUACUUUGACUUUCCCUAUUCCAAAUUCAUGCCAAAACUUGAUCUUGUUGCACUUCCGGAUUUCUCUAAAGGAGCUAUGGAAAAUCCUGGAUUGAUAACGUUCAGGGAAGCUUUGAGCCUGUAUGUACCCAACAAAGGUAGUUUGGCUCAAAAGGCAAAGAUAGCAAGGGUAAUAUCCCAUGAAUUAGCUCACAAUUGGUUUGGGAAUCUUGUAACUUGCAUGUUUUGGAGUCACUUGUGGCUCAAUGAAGGAUUCGCCACAUACUUUGAACACAGUCCUAUUCCAGGUGUUGAAGAAACAACGCAUCUUUCUGCUCAAUUCACAAUUAAUGCGGUCCACAGAGCUCUUCUUGCUGACUCCACAAAUACAACAUUUCCUCUGGUCAACAAAAAGAUUGAGACGCAAAACCACAUUGAGAGGAUGUUUGGGCCUAUAUCAUAUGCCAAAGGAGCAUCUGUCAUAAGGAUGCUAGCUCAUCAUAUUGGAGAGGAAAAUAUGAAAAGUGCCCUAAGGAUGUACAUCAAGGAUCGACAGUUCAAAACAGCUAGUGAUGUGGAUUUGUUGCGAAUGUUAAGGAAAGUCGCAGUUCGGGAAGAUAAUAUAGACGGAGUAUUCUAUUCAUUUGUCGUAGAACCUGGAUAUCCCCUAGUGACAGUACGAAUGAAUGAGACCCGUGACUCCGUUACAUUGACACAGAAGAGAUAUUUUUCCCAUGCGGUUUCUUCAUCUUGCAAAGAUCACCCUCGUGCUUGCUUUUGGGUCAUUCCCAUUACCUACGUCAGCAAGAACCAAUAUAGCUUUAACGACACCAAAACCCGCGUAGUUAUGCAUGACAUUGAAGUGACCUUUAAUGUCACUCCUGUUCCCAAUACCUGGAUCAUCUUCAAUGUCCAGCAUAUUGGCUACUACCGUGUCAAUUACGACUUUGAAUCCUGGAAUCGGAUUAUCGACGGUCUCAAAGCACCGGAUCACGAUGGGAUUCACGAGCUAAAUCGUGCACAAAUAAUCGACGAUCUAAUGAACUUGGCAAAAUCAGAUCACAUCCCCUAUUGCACAGCAUUUAACAUGCUGGAAUAUCUCAAAACCGAAACGAGUUACAUCCCAUGGAAAAUGGCCAUGAAGAACUUUCAAUUCAUCAUCUACAGAACUCCUGCCUACGAUACCAAAGCCCUCAGAAAAUACGUCCUAGAACUCAUUGAGAAUAUCUACAAAAAACUCCAAUUCAUGCCAGAUCCCUCAGACAACCAACUCGUAAGUUCUCAUCGGAGUCUCAUAUUGAAGAUGGCAUGCAAAUUUGGACUACACGAUUGCUUGGUCAAAGCUCGGGAACAAUUCAACAAAUUUAAAAAGGACGAUACCUACGACAUUCCCGUAGAUAUUAGACAAGUGGUCUUCUGUGUAGGCGUACGGGAGGGUGGUAAGGAUGCCUUUAAUUUCCUGUGGAAGCGGUAUAAAUUGGAAAAUGUCGAAACGGAACAAAUCACAAUCCUCUCUGCGCUUGCAUGCACAAAUACUGAUGCAACUGUAAGGGACUUCCUUGACAAGAUCUUCUCAUCCGAUGUUCGGGAAAACAUGAAGCUCAAGACUUUUACUAUGCUUGCCACGCAAAAUCCAGCAAAUUAUAUACGAUUGUGGGACUACGUGAAAAAUAACCUCGAUGAAAUGAGCUUAAAGCUGAGCAAUGGAUACCAGGAUGUAGCCCAGUACUUUGUCGUAGUUGUUAACCAAAUGAAGACGAGAAAGGAACGUAGUAACUUCCAACGAUUUAUCAAUGAUCAAAUCGAAAAAUUUGACAUUUACUUCAUGGAACUCGUGACGGCUGAACAAAAAUUGGGAGAGGUGCUUGAUUGGGAUGAAGAACACAUGCCGAAAAUUGUGAAAAUUAUGAAGUAUUCAUGCAAUAAGAACAUUGCUGGAAGACUAGCUGCCAGGACAAUUUCGAUAAUUCUCUCAAUUGCUGUUAUGGUCAUUCAAUGGUAGAGUAAAAUAAUUAAUCUUUGCUAUUGUAUCAUGUGAAAUUUAUUGAAUGAAGACAACAAACUCUAUAACAUUGACAUUGUUCGUUUGCAACAC